GACACUUUUUCUUGGAGUUUAUGCCUUUGGUUUUUAACUUCUGGCAGUGCCUGAAUUGUUGCUGUUCUCCCUCUCCUUUUCUUCUCCCUGUAAAACCAUGGCCCAUCGGCUGCGGUUUCAUUUUGGCUCUGGGCGAAGCAACACAGCCCCUGAAUCGGAGAUCCUCGACCGGGAGAGAGAAGAUGACUUUUUCAUGGCAUUCCACACUUUGCCAAGAAGAAGCAGUCCUCAUGCUUUUUCCCGACACGGAGCAGAUUAUGGUGGUGGUGGUGGCGACUUGCAAGAAGUGGGCUCCUUAAAAAGGAGUACAUCCAUGUUUAUUCCCCAGCUGCUGAAUAGCAUUGACGUGCGUCCAACGAGAAGCUCGUCUAUGCAGAUCUCUCUUCAGCGCAAAGCUGUGAACGGCUGUGCUGAUGAGUGUGGAACCCCGGGAUCUCCUGAGGAGACACUUCCAUGUAAAUUCUCAGAGUUUCCGGAGCGUUAUGCAUCCCCUGUUGAAAACCGUUCUCCUCCGCCUAGCAGUCCAGAGGUGACUCCUGGAAACUCUCCACCCAGGCUGGCAGAAGAGCUGGGGCAGCAGAUCAAUGGGACCGUUUGCUGCAAUCACAGAAUAUUUUGUACGAUCCCCUCUAACAACCAGAGCGAUGAUGCUUUGUCUGCUACCCAAGAGGAUGAGGCGAACGAAGCGUCUUCAGGUCUAAACAUAAGUGGUGUGAGGAUUCAGCAUCGCGCUUCGAGUGCAGAUGUGCCCCAGGUGACUGUGUUACCGUUUGGUUCUGAGGCUCGGAGUAAUGCUCCCAGCCCCGAACCCCGGCGCUGGUCUUUGCAGCAUGUGCCAGAUAUGUCAGCAAGUUCAGGAAAGAAGUUCUUUGUUCUUCAGCUACAGCAACCGCAGGCGAGUGGUACAGGUACAGGGGGUGAAUAUAACUUUGGUUUUACUGGAACAAAAGGGGACCGACUGGUGAGGUAUCCGCGGAUACGACUGGAGAGGAGCACUUCCUACCCUGUCCAGCCGCGAGCGGAACAGGUUAGCCCCACGGACGAUGGGGUGGAUUCAGAACUGCACGGAAAUGGCAGGAACGGAUCGGAAAUGUCCAGAAGCAGUUCAGUAGAGAGGAUUCCUCCAGGGCAGGGACGCUUGUUUAAAAUCAGACCAGAUCAGAACACGAGGCAGCAGCACUUCCGAAUCCUCGUGACCCGCGGUCCGGAGGAGCAGAACCAGGCUGCUGGUACGGAGGGUCGCGGCACCCCUGCUCCUGCCGCAGCCAGCACCGCGACUAGAGACGACUUUCUGGGCCAAGUGGAUGUGCCGCUUAGUCACCUUCCGACUGAAGACCCAACCAUGGAGAGGCCGUACACAUUUAAGGAUUUCCUUCUCAGACCAAGAAGCCACAAAUCUCGUGUAAAGGGUUUCUUGCGGCUGAAGAUGGCUUAUAUGCCCAAAAAUGGUGGCCAAGAGGAAGAAAAUAACGAUCAAAGGGAGGAAUCUGAGCAUGGAUGGGAUGUGGUUGAUUCCAAUGACUCUGCAUCUCAGCGCCAGGAGGAGUUACCACCUCCUCCACUGCCUCCUGGCUGGGAAGAAAAGGUGGACAACCUGGGACGGACUUACUAUGUCAAUCAUAACAACAGGACUACUCAGUGGCAUCGACCAAGUUUAAUUGAUGUGGGCUCUGAUUCGGAUAACAACAUCAGACAGAUCAACCAAGAAGCAGCCCAUAGACGGUUUCGCUCCCGGAGGCACAUCAGUGAGGAUUUGGAACCAGAACCGAUGGAGAGCGGAGACAUUCCUGAACCUUGGGAAACCAUUUCAGAGGAGGCGAGUGCAAGUGGAGAUUCCUUAAGCUUGUCCCUGCCGCCACCUCCUGCAUCCCCAGUGUCCCGAACCAGUCCUCAAGAGCUGUCUGAGGAGCUGAACAGAAGACUUCAGGUCACUCCUGAUUCCAAUGGGGAACAACUCAGUUCUUUGAUUCAAAGAGAUCCUUCUUCAAGACUGAGAUCUUGCAGUGUAACGGAUACAGUUGCUGAACAGUCUCAGUUAUCCUUGCCUUCAGUGGCCUAUGUACACACUACACCGGGCUUACCUUCAGGCUGGGAAGAAAGAAAAGACGCUAAGGGACGUACCUACUACGUCAACCAUAACAAUCGAACCACAACUUGGACGCGACCCAUCAUGCAGCUUGCAGAAGAUGGCACGGGUGGGUCAGCAACCAACAGCAACAACCAUUUGAGUGAACCGCAGAUAAGACGACCUCGUAGCCUGAGCUCGCCCACAGUAACUCUGUCUGCUCCACUCGAGUGCCGAGCGGCGUUUGGCGAAUGUCCCCGUGUUCCCCAGGGCCUGAAGGACUCGCCCGUGCGCAGGGCGGUGAAGGACACCCUUUCCAACCCGCAGUCCCCGCAGCCCUCGCCGUACAACUCUCCGAAGCCCCAGCACAAGGUCGCGCAGAGCUUCCUGCCGCCGGGCUGGGAGAUGCGGAUCGCGCCCAACGGCCGGCCCUUCUUCAUCGAUCACAACACUAAGACGACCACGUGGGAGGAUCCACGGCUGAAAUUCCCAGUGCAUCUGAGAUCAAAAGCUUCUUUGAAUCCUAAUGAUUUGGGCCCUCUUCCUCCUGGUUGGGAGGAAAGAAUACAUUUGGAUGGAAGAACGUUUUAUAUAGAUCAUAGAAGCCAGGUGUUGAUAUGUGGAGACAUUGAUACCAGAGACUUAGUGCCCUCGUACGAUAAUAAAAUUACACAGUGGGAAGACCCCAGGCUGCAGAAUCCAGCGAUUACUGGUCCAGCAGUUCCGUAUUCCAGGGAGUUCAAACAGAAAUACGACUACUUCCGGAAGAAGUUAAAGAAACCAGCUGAUAUACCAAACAGAUUUGAGAUGAAGCUACACAGGAAUAAUAUUUUUGAGGAGUCCUACAGAAGAAUCAUGUCUGUGAAGAGACCUGAUGUACUAAAAGCCAGGCUCUGGAUUGAAUUUGAGUCAGAGAAAGGACUUGACUACGGUGGCGUGGCCAGAGAAUGGUUCUUCCUCUUGUCCAAGGAGAUGUUUAAUCCUUAUUAUGGUCUCUUUGAAUAUUCAGCAACGGACAACUAUACUCUUCAGAUUAAUCCUAAUUCAGGUCUUUGUAAUGAAGAUCAUCUGUCUUAUUUCACAUUUAUUGGACGGGUUGCUGGUCUGGCAGUUUAUCAUGGGAAGCUAUUAGAUGGCUUCUUCAUCAGACCUUUUUACAAGAUGAUGCUGGGGAAACCAAUAACUCUGAAAGACAUGGAAUCAGUGGAUAGUGAAUACUACAACUCCUUGAAGUGGAUCCUGGAAAAUGACCCUACAGAGUUGGAUCUCAUGUUUUGCAUAGAUGAGGAAAACUUUGGACAGACGUAUCAAGUUGACUUGAAGCCAAAUGGGUCAGAAAUCAUGGUAACAAAUGAAAACAAAAGGGAAUACAUUGACCUCGUCAUCCAGUGGAGAUUUGUAAAUAGAGUUCAAAAACAAAUGAAUGCUUUUUUGGAGGGAUUCACAGAACUUCUUCCCAUUGAUCUGAUAAAAAUUUUUGAUGAAAAUGAGCUAGAGUUACUGAUGUGUGGCCUUGGAGAUGUUGAUGUUAAUGACUGGAGACAACACACGAUCUACAAAAACGGUUACUGUCCAAAUCAUCCUGUUAUCCAGUGGUUCUGGAAGGCUGUUUUACUUAUGGAUGCUGAAAAACGGAUUCGAUUACUGCAAUUUGUUACUGGGACGUCACGCGUGCCUAUGAAUGGAUUUGCUGAACUUUAUGGUUCAAAUGGUCCUCAGCUGUUUACAAUAGAGCAAUGGGGAAGUCCUGAUAAACUGCCCAGAGCUCACACAUGCUUUAAUCGCCUAGACUUACCUCUUUAUGAAUCUUUUGAAGAUUUACGAGAGAAGCUACUUAUGGCAGUUGAAAAUGCUCAAGGAUUUGAAGGAGUGGAUUAAAACAGUUACUUUUUUCUUUUUCCCCCCUUCAAGCAAGUUCUGCUUGCACUUUUGCAUUUGCCCAACGGACUCGGAGUGACUUUGGCAGAACAGUUGCACAAUGUUGGUUCAUGGAGCAAACACUUCAACAGUGCAGUUGCCUAAAUUCAGAAGUUUGAACUAUAAUCUGUGGAUUGUUCUGACAUUUCCACAGCAAAGUACCAACUGGUUAACAUGUACUCUGAUUACAUUUCAGCAAGACUUGUUCUAUUUAUGUUGUGCCUCUGUAGGCAAAGCCCUUAAUAAAUAUUUUACAUAAUUUCUAAUGACAAUGAAUGGAAUUAAUCAUUUUACAGGUAUAGUAUUACAACUCAUGUUUACUUUUUAAUUGAUUUAGACAUUUUCAGAUUUUAUUUCAUUACAAUUACAUUACUUGGAAAAAUGAGCAUUUUUCUUACCUUAAUUUCAUACCGGACUUGUGAUGCCAGUGUCAUUUUUUCAAAGCAUAUUUUGAGCCACGUGUUCCCAAACUGUUAAAGAAAAUAAGAGAAAGCUAUGUUGGAAGUUUUCUGUUCAUGGGCUGUAUCAAGAGCAACUCUUAAAAACCUUUUCACUGAGCACAUAAAUAUUUUUCUCUGUCCAGAAGAAGUAAGGAUUGGAUGUUGCUUUUUUUGUAUAGAUCAAUAGAAUAGUUAAAAGUCAAGAGAGAAUCAUAACAUAGCAUGCCAAAUCUCAUGUUCAAUAAAGAAAUUGCCUCAUUA